CAAGCAAUCAAACUUUGACCAUGGUUCACGCAGAAGCGUCGGCGUUCGGAGAGGGGCUGUCAAAGAAGGUGGCCUAUGCGCAGGUGUUGGAGCAGGCAAAGGCGUUGUUUGAGGGCCAGCGGAACUGGGUGAGAAGUAAUCUCUCCAAUACCGCAUCGCUUCUUUAUCACGCCCUACAUUCUCUCCCCUCGCCCUCAAAGGCUACUAACUGGUGUGGUUUCUACGUCAUUGACCCCAAGAAUCCCAACCAAUUGAUUCUCGGCCCGUUCCAAGGCCAUGUCGCGUGCCAAACAAUAGCUUUCGGAAAGGGUGUGUGUGGAACCGCUGCAGAAACGAAGAUAACGCAGGUCGUAGAGGAUGUGGAAAAGUUUCCGGGACAUAUAGCUUGCGAUGGAGCGAGCAAGAGUGAGAUUGUAGUCCCUGUACUGCGGGAUGGAAAGAUGGUAGCAAUUAUAGAUAUCGACUGUGCGGAGCUGUCAGGAUUUACUUUAGAAGAUCAGGCUGCCUUGGAAGAGUUGGCGCGUCUUCUUGCAGACUCUUGCGACUUCUGA